AUGUCACGAUUAGGUGAUGAUAUAAUUUCUGUAUUUCUUGAUCGAAGACAAUGUGUAUUGACCGAUACCGACGUAUUCAGAGCACUCAAUAGCCAAGGCAUUUCAUGUACUGUUGAAAGCGUACGUCAACAAGUACAAUUACUCAGUCCAGCAUUGUUUCAUUUAAUGUCAAAUGAAAAUCGAACAGUAACAAUUAGUGUGGAUCCUAAAGGAUAUCUUGGUAAUCAUUGUCCAGCUAAACCAAAUCCAUGUGAGCGACUUCAUAUAUGUCGGCAUUUUGAAGGCAACUGUCCAUCAGCGAAUUGUACUUUUCCACAUGAUUUUUCUAAAGGAUAUAAUAGAAAGAUUAUUGCAGAACAUCACUGUCAAUUUAUAAAUCCUUUAUUACUUAUCAAACUUCUUCGUCUUAAAAAAUCUUCAUCAAUACCUCCACCAAGACAAGGAAUACCUACUGGAUUUAAUUCUAGACCAAGAGGGCGUGGUCAAGGACGUGGCCGAGGACGUGGUCGACGUCGCGGUCGCGGUGGUCGGUUUGUCAAUAAUGAAAGUUUUAGAAACCUUAUCGCACAAAAAUUUGAUCCUCAUCGACAAGUAGAUGUCAGUUUUCCAUCUUCGAAUCUUGCUCAGCAAAUCAAUAUAGAAAUUAUUGAAAUGCUUCUCAGUGUACAUGAUAUAAAAAUCGAAGACAGAUUCAAUGAAGGUGAAAAUGAGUAUUUUCGUCGAGUCACAAUUCAAUUAGGAGAAACUAACGAUGUUGAAAAAUUACUUAACUUAUCCCCGAUUCCAUACGAUGGUGUCGAUAUAAAAUUCAAGCGUACUCAUCAAAUCAUUGAUAAAACAAGGCUUUUAUUGAAAACAUCGAUUAAUAAUGAGCACGAUAAAAUUAUUUCAUCUCGUAUUCAACUUUAUUUAAGUACACUUAUUAAAAAUAAUCCCAUAAGUAAAAUUGUGGAUCUUUCAAAUGAGAAUGAACAAAUCGUAUUUGUGCAAUGUGAUAAUGAUAUAGAUUUCAAUAGUGUUCGUCAAGCUCAUAAAUUAAAAUCAGAACUAUCGGGCAAACAUCUAAUAUUAACACAAGCCUAUGAAUGUGAUGCAUUAGAAAUUCAUUAUAACGAAAAAAAUAAAUCAAUAACUGUUGAAGAUUUACAAAGAAUUCUCAAAUCUGCUUGGAACGAUAUAUUUGCUUUGAAUUUUCCAACAGGUGAUCAUGCGGAAGUUGAAUUUAUUAAUGUUCAAGCUUUUAAACAAUGGCUGUCAAAAGUCGAACAAGUCGAAGAUCAAUUUCAGGUGACGAUUACUCCAAUGAUUGAUUGUGUUGAUGAAACAAAUGAUUCAGGAAGCGUACAUUCAGCAACAACUGUAGCAUCGAAUGUUGAUUCUCGUUCGACUGCCUCUGCUGGAUUAGAUAAUAGAAAUCGCUUAACAACAAUUAAACUUAUUCCUGAUUGGAGUAUGAUUGUUCGUCAUCCAAAAUUUCAACUUGAAUAUAAAGAAUUUAUUCAUCGUGAAUUUGGUGGUGAUAUUGAGAUUCAAGGAGAUGAAGUUACAUACAAUGGAAUGUUUCCUCGACAUCUUCAUGGUUCGGACAAUAAUGUUAUUCUUCGUGAUAAAACCAAGGAUUUCAUGCAAAAUUUUGUAUUUCGAACAUUGCUUAAAUUAGAACGACAUAAUAUUGAUAUCCUUGAAGCCAACUCAGCUGAUGUGGCAUUUAGUUUUAUUGACGUGAAUGUUUAUAGGUUAGCGACCCGAUCAAAUGAAAUAUCGAAAUUCAUGAGUAAAAUUUUUCCUAAAAACAACCAAGGUUCACAAUUGGGGCCGUCUCCACGGCCAACUCAUAACUCAUCAUUACCUCCAACUUUACAAUUAAAACCAAACAAAAAUGCUUCGGUUGCUUCAUCAGGACCGGCCACUUCUAUGUAUCCACUAAAUACACCAGAACAAAUAAGCAUGUUUUCAAUAGAUAAAUUCGAAGAACGUCUACGACAAUAUCUACAAGAAACAUUUAAUACAAAAGGAACAUUUGAGCGAACUGGCCAUAAUAACAAUGAAAAAUCGAAGGGAAUAGCAAAUCGUAUUUUAAUUAAAUUAAUGGGCCAAACGAAUGAUGUUGAAAAUGCACUUCAAGAUUUAGAUAAUUUAUUUUCAUCGUUACAUACAAAGAUAUUCAAUGAACAAACUAGCAGUGAUUGGAUCAAUAUUGACGAAGCAAUACAGGUUAUUGAAUAUCAUAUACAUCUUGCCAACUUACUUUGUGCAUGCCAAAAAAUAGCUCCAAAGAAAGUAUAUAUUCAUUAUUUUGAUGUAACAAAUCCACAGUUUGGUGUUGAUGAACAAAACAUUGACGAUUUAAUUCAAGAUCAAUUCAAUACCGUAACAAUAACAUACAAUCAAGAAUCAGAAUCAUCCAGAUUUAGGAAAGAAUGGACAAAUUUAGAGAAAAAAAUUCUUCAACGAGCUGACUAUAAGAAAAAUAUUUGUCUCUACAAAGACUCAAAUACUGUUUAUUUAUUUGGCUUGAAAGAUUUAGUUCAAAAAAUUCUUCGAGAAUUCCAAGUACUUCAAAAUCAACAUGAUCCAAAAAUAUGUAAAGUUACUCUGUCAGAGAGAAAACUCAAGUAUUUAACAUGUGUUGCUAAAGCUGAUUUGAAUAAACUUGCAAAAAAAUAUAAAUCAGAUGGAUUGGAUUUAAAUUUAACUCGUUUACGUCAAAAUGGUGAAUUCAUUGCACCGACGGAUAUUCAUUCCGAAAUCACAGAAAGCCUUGAAGCAUUAGCACAAAUAAACGAGAAUUCAUUUGAAAUCGAUGAACCUGGUUUUGAAAUACUUGUCAGUAAAGAACCAGAACGACUUCUUACUAUUGUAAAUUCAAAAUGUUAUCUUGAAAAAACGAUUGAAAGUCGUCGUAUUCAUAUUCUCAUACCUAAAGCUCGAAUAACUGAGUUAAGCCAUGGAAUUAAACAAAGUGCCAGUUCUAGUGCAGUUGCAAAAGCGUUACCAACUUCAACAAGUGUUAAUGUUGGUCAUUCGAAAGUAACGAUUCUAAUUGGUGAUUUAGCAGCACAAGCAGUUGAUGCCAUUGUAGCCUGUUCUUCAUCAGAAUAUUUAUGCAAAGAUAUAGUUAGUAAAGCCGGUGCUCAAACAAUGAAUGAAUAUAUUCAAUUGAAAUCUUCGAAGCAAUUUCCGGGCUCAACCACUGGUGGUACGUUAUCGUGUAAAGAAAUCUAUUUCAUUCCAUGGUCGCCAGACUCACAUGAUUCGGCUGAUGUUAAAUCAUCUUUGCACAGCUUUGUUUCAGCAGCUUAUACGCUUGCAAUUGCAAAAGGAAAUUUGGUUAUUCUAUAUACGAUUUUAGCAUUUCAUGCUGUUGGUUGUGGAAAAAUGAACUUCGAUGCAUCUACGAUAGCUAAAUAUAUGCUACGUGAAACCAGAAAAGAACUGAUAAAAAUAAAAAUAAAGAUGAAUAUUUCAUUUGUUCUGCUACCCUCGGAACAGAAUGUAUAUGAUCAAUUUGUUAAGCAUCUUAAUCAAAUGGAAACUGUAGAUCUACUGGUAUCUUAUAAAAGUCCAACGAAAAAACAAGACGAUCAAUCAACCAUGGCAUAUGAUAAAAAAAUUAUAAAAAUAACCUUAAUUAGUUCAAUCGAGAAUCAUCUUAUGGAAUGUAAACAAGAUAUUAUGGAUUUAGCUCGAUCGUUUUCAACAAAAUCACAAAUAACCAAUAAAGACGAUAUUCUCAAUUGGUCACAAGAUACAAUCAAUAAAUAUUAUGAUUAUUGUUUAAAACAAGGUGUCGUACCAACACUAGAUCUUGAAAAUGUUUCACUUGAAUUGGCUGGAUCAAAGGAUGCAGUACAUGAAGCUGAAAAAUAUUUUUUAGAAUUAAACAACGAAACAUUAAAAGAAGCACAUAUGCACAGUGUUGCACGUAGCGUUGUUUGGUCAGUUGAACAAUCACCGAGCACCGACAUUUGGGAACAAUAUUCAUUUAAACUCAAUGGAAUGAUUGAAGAUGCUUUUCUCAAAAAACAUUUGCAUUUAGAUUUUCAGAAUGAUGCAGACGAAAAAUGCCGAAUAGUAUUUUCUUCAAUGGAACAGCAUCAUGGAAGUAUAAUUCGUCGUGUACGUCGUAAAAAUGUUGAUUCGACAUUACCAGAGACAUGGGAAGGUUCAGAUCAAAAUUGUAAGCGAGUUACAUUACAACCAUCGUCAAACGAAUAUCAAGAUGUACUUGCACGAUUCCAUGCGACGAUGCUUGGUAAAUAUUUGCAAAUUGUUAAAAUUGAACGAAUUCAAAAUGAACGAUGGUACAAACAGUAUGAUGCACAUCGUGAAGAUUUUAAACGACGCUAUCCAAAUACUGUUGAACGUUUACUAUUUCAUGGAUGUCCUAGUACAUCGGCUGAUCAGAUAAUUCAAGAAUGUUUCAACAGAUCAUUUGCUGGUGUUAAUGGUGUUGCAUAUGGUAAUGGAGUCUAUUUUCACACGAAUGCUAUUUACAGCCAUCAAUAUGCAAAACAGGGCAACUCCGGGGAAAGAACGAUAUUUUUAGUACGUGUUCUUAUUGGAAAAACUUGCAAAGGAGAUCCAAGUAUGAAAUCACCUCCGUCCGGUUAUGAUACAACUACAGAUGGAAAAGAUAUUUUUGUGGUAUAUCAUGAUGCUGGUGCCUAUGCAGAUCAUUUGAUAACUUAUAAAUGA